UUCGGGAGUCGGUGCCUGAGGCGCCGCGUCCCGCCGAACCGCCCGUCUGAGAGGACUACGCCAGCUGCAUGGGAGGAGAUGAGCGUGGCGGGGAAACAGCCUCCUCCAGCACCGCUCGAGCGCCCCGGCAGCCUCCUCGUCCCCACCUGGACCAAAACUGGUAUUGCAUUGUUGUAUGAUGAAGUAUCCGAAAAUGCUUAUGACAUCCGACUGAAGCUUACAAAAGAGGUAUUGACAAUUCAAAAACAAGAUGUCGUCUGUGUUAGUGGAAGUGAUCACAGUGCAAAUCACAGAACUGUUACACUUCGUAGACAACCAGUUGGUGGCUUGGGCUUAAGCAUAAAGGGUGGUGCCGAGCACAAAGUGCCUGUCGUCAUAUCAAAAAUAUUUAAAGACCAAGCAGCUGACCAAACAGGAAUGUUAUUUAUAGGAGAUGCAAUAAUACAGGUUAAUGGUAUAAGUGUAGAAAGUGCUACCCAUGAAGAAGUGGUACACCUACUGCGAAAUGCUGGCGAUGAAGUUACCAUCACUGUUCAGUACCUCAGGGAAGCUCCAUCAUUUUUAAAGCUCCCAUUAGGUUCCCCUGGACCAUCCAGUGAUCACAGCAGUGGAGCUUCAUCACCUCUCUUUGACAGUGGCUUACAUUUAAAUGGAAACUCAACUAACACUGCUCCGUCAUCACCUUCUUCACCCAUAGCUAAUGAACCAAAAUACGAGAAGCGCUGGCUAGACACCUUAUCAGUUCCUCUGUCAAUGGCUCGAAUCUCGAGGUACAAAGCUGGAACAGAUAAAUUAAGAUCUAAUGCAUUUGAAGUGCUGGCACUCGAUGGAGUUAGUACUGGGAUACUUCAGUUUUAUACAGCCCAGGAGAGUGCUGACUGGCUGAGAGCAAUAUCAACUAACAUCAGUGAUUUGACACUUCAAAAUAUGAAAAUGGCAAAUAAAUGCUCUUCUCCCUCAGAUCAGGUUGUACAUAUGGGAUGGGUAAAUGAGAGACUUGAAGGAACUGAUUCAUCUCAGCUCUACAAGUUCAAGUUUCUGGCACUGAAGGGUUCAUCCUUCUACAUUUUCAGCACUCCACCGGUAAGCACACUAGACUGGGUACGAGCUGAAAAAAUCUAUAACCUCUGUGAGGUUCUAUUUAAAAUUCACAAGCUCUGGCUUGCUGAUGAUUGCUGGCUACAAGCAAACUUGUAUUUAGGUAUUCAUCAGGACUUUGAUCUUGAAGACCAGAGGCCGUAUUCUUUCAGUGUUAUGGUUGGACAUGGCAAGAGUCAUUAUUUCAAUGUAGAGCUGGGCAGCGAGUUGGCAGUGUGGGAGAAAUCAUUUCAAAGAGCAAUUUUCUUGGAAGUUCAAAGAACAGGGUCUAAAACAUAUAUGUGCAGUUGGCAAGGAGAUACACUGUGUUUCACAAUUGACUUUGCUCUGGGAUUUACCUGUUUUGACAGUAAAACAAAGAAUGUGCUGUGGAGGUAUAAAUUCUCUCAGCUCAAAGGUUCUUCAGAUGAUGGGAAAACAAGAGUAAAGCUGCUUUUUCAGAAUCUAGACACCAAACAAAUUGAGACAAAGGAACUUGAAUUUCAGGAUCUGACGGCAGUUUUACACUGUAUUCAUUCCUUUAUAGCAGCAAAAGUGGCAUCUGUGGAUCCAGUAUUCAUAGACAGUCAGAGUAUUGCAAGAAAAUACAUGUACAGUAACUGAUAUCAGAUUAUAUGUUGUGACUAUGGAAAAUAAAUUAUUUUCUUAAAGAAAGUAGUUACUUCAUGCACAAUAUUACAACUUUGUGAUUUUAUAAGUCUAUAGUUGUGUUAUAUGUAAC